AGUCGUUCUCUACGGCAUCAGCAUACAUAUAUACGAAUAAGACGGCAAUACGCAUAAUUACGAUAAUACCCUCACCGUGUAUUCAGGUCAAAAGCCCCGCAACUCCAGCAAUCGUAAUCAAGAGACGUUGGUCCCAAAGAUUUGUGACUAACGCCGUCAAGAUUCCGUAACGGGUAGUUCAACAGCGCCCGUUGAUUUUCCAAUCACACCUCUCCACCUCCGCCACUUUUGCUCCUCCGCUGACGUCAGAUCUCCGCCUUGGGGUCCACCAGGGUAACACCGUUACUGCAUUCCCAAAAGCAGAAGAACAACCCGACGAAGCUUCAGCAGCAGCGCCAGCCCGUAGAGAGAGAGAGAGAGAGAGAUGGGUCUGCUGACGAACAAGGUGGAGAGAGAGAAGCUGAAGCCGGGAGAUCACAUCUACACUUACAGAGCUGUGUUCGCUUAUUCUCACCACGGCAUCUUUCUCGGCGGAUGCAAAGUGAUUCAUUUUAGACCUGAGCAAGACCUGAACCCACCACCAGAGUCUUCUUCUUCUUCUUCUGGUCCUUACGAUUCCCCUGAAGGUCUUUGUCCGACUUCUCCUGACUGUGGAUUUAGACAACCGAACAGUGGAGUAGUCCUUUCUUGUCUGGACUGCUUCCUCAAGAAUGGCUCUUUGUAUCUCUUUGAAUAUGGAGUCAGCCCUUCAGUUUUCCUUACCAAAGUCCGUGGGGGCACAUGCACCACAGCAUCAUCCGACCCACCUGAGGCAGUGAUCCACAGGACAAUGUACCUUCUCCAGAAUGGCUUCGGAAACUAUGACAUCUUCCAGAACAACUGUGAGGACUUUGCCCUCUACUGCAAAACUGGUCUUCUUAUAAUGGACAAGCUCGGUGUCGGAAGAAGUGGUCAGGCCUCUUCUGUGGUGGGCGCUCCUUUAGCCGCACUUCUCUCUUCUCCCUUCAAACUGCUGAUUCCAAGCCCUGUAGGGGUCGCUACUGUUACUGCAGGCAUGUAUUGUAUGAGCAGAUAUGCUACUGAUAUUGGUGUUCGGAGCGAUGUGAUCAAGGUAGCAGUGGAGGACUUGGCUCUGAACCUUCUCGAUGGGAAGGCUCUUGAGCAAGGCGAAGGUUCGGAGACCGAUACCGUCGGUUGACAGAGAUUCCAUUCCUGACAAUUGGGGAGUAAGUACAUAAUGAUUUACCAUAGAUCAGUUAUCGGUAUGAAUAAAGAUAAAAUCUUGUUCUCCCUCCACUUCGUUGCUCCUUGUGCUCAACUGUGAUGGAACCAUGCCUUAAUAUCUAAAAAUGUGCGUUUCAUCUUUGUGUCUGAAA